AUGAACCAACCUUUGCAACAGCCAUCACAACAAUUACAACCUUUACCAAUACAUGUCAACAUGGUGCGGUAUAUUAUUGAUGAGCCGCUUUCAACGAUUAUACGACGAUUACUCCAAAUCAAAAUGAUACUUCGAGUCUAUUAUUUGAAACUUAUAGGAUUUAUGCAGAGCGGUAAAAACGUAAUCCAUCAUGUGAACCGAGUGGUUGAUGUGCACUUAAUUAGGGAUAUUGAUUCUCCGAUUCUCCGAGGAAUGAAUAAAACAAUUGUCAAAGAGAAAUUCGCUGUAUGA